UAUAAGUUACAUAAUUCCCCACUAAUCACCCAAUUAAUAACUUUUAAUCGUUUUAACCAAAACAAUGCAUCAAUUUACUAUUUAAGAAGAUAAAAUCCGUGCUGCAACAUCAUUACGGUCUGCUGUUUUAUACCAUGAAAUCGGUUGUUUUUUUAUUGAUGUUGACGUGGUUGGGGUGGUCAGUCGGUAGUCAACUGGAUUGCCGUUGUUGGCCCGACUGGAAACCAGUGCUAACCGAGGAGGGAGAUUGGAUUUGCAAAGAUGCCAAUUUGGAUAAGACUUUUCAUUGUAACAUCGAUGUUCCACCCAAGUGUGUUUGUAAGGAUAAAGGCGUAGAAGUGCAACUGCCCCUAGGGGAGAUCAACUGCGUGGGCGACAUCCAGAAAACCUACGACAACAUCAAUUGUAACAGCAAUCCAGAGUGGGAGGCGUGGUUUGGAAAAUACCCUCAAUACAGGCUGUACCAUUAAGUCAAAAACUGUUAAGGCAGCCUUAAGUAGUCUAUUUUUAAGUAGUCUUAAUAAAAGCAAAUUAUUAAGUA